AUCUCUCGCGCUCACGUGAUAAGGAAGAAGCAACCAGUUAGCAACCUGUCUGCACGCAUGUAAUCUAACCUGCUGCAUUCAUUUAGCCUGUGAGUUUUGUUUGUGACCAUGUCUUUUGCUAGAAAAUUUUCUAAACUGUUAGUGUUCUGUGCAGUCAUUGUCGCGGUUGUGCUGCUACUGCGGUACUGGAUGGCCUCAAAGACGUACGUUUUUAGUAAUGAAGAGGUCGCUAUGUUGGUCAAACAGUAUGCAGGGCAGGACCAUGAGCAAGCUUUCUCCAAAGUGGUGGUGGAACUCAGAAAGAGGUAUCCGGGUCACAUCCUACCAGAUGAGGACUUGCAGUGGGUGUUUGUGAAUGCUGGAGGCUGGAUGGGCUCCAUGUGUCUCCUCCAUGCCUCCUUAACAGAGUACCUGCUGCUGUUUGGUACUGCAGUGGACACUGGAGGACACUCAGGUCGAUACUGGGCGGAGAUCUCCGACACCAUCAUCUCAGGUACUUUCAGGCAGUGGAAGGAGGGGACCACCAAGAGUGAAGUGUAUUAUCCAGGUGACACUAUUGUUCAUGAAGUGGGCGAAGCCACGUCGGUCCAGUGGAGCGCUGGGACGUGGAUGGUGGAGUACGGCCGAGGCUUCAUCCCCUCCACGCUUGGCUUUGCCCUAUCAGACACCCUGUUCAGCACCCAGGACUUUGUCACCAUGUACUACACCGUCCGCGUCUACCUAAAGGCUCUGAUGCUGGAGGCCGGCACGCUACUUACAGAGGCCGGGAUCUUCUAAGCAACCGAAGAUGAUCGCACACUUCCAGAUUGACUUGGGACAUCAAAGCGCUGUCCGCAGUUUAAAUCUGGGAUGAGGAGCGGGAGUUUUUUUAUGCAGAAAGUUCUCGGGAGCAAAACUGUAACAAGUAAUUUAUGACAAUCCAGUUUACAGUUAUUCUCUUUAAAAUCCCUGUUGAAUACAUGAAUGAAUUUCACAAACGCAGUUGCACUACAUCAGAUCUUGGAAAUCUGCAAAACAGUUGGCACCCCACGCUGUUAAAUAAUUCCCUGCGACAGGUCAGACUGCUCAAGUGUAGCAGUUAUCUGGAUGUCUGGUUUAUUGAUUUUACAGUUUCUUAUGCCAAAUUUUAGAUUUGAUUAUUUAUCAUUCAUUGUCCAAAAACAUCUCAAAAUCCAUAAAUACAAAAUUUACCAAUAUUUAGAUGUGAUAUGAUAACCUUGAGAAACAGUAUUGUGAUUAUUUUCACAGAACGGUAUUGACACAACGGAACAAAAAAGCAACAAAUAAUUAUAUUGCUUCUGAGAUACCAGUAGUAAUCUUGUCAUCUACAGUACAUUUUCUCACACAAUACUUUUGUAAUUCAAAAACCAGUUGGGCAAAAUGUUGUCACACUGAUCUUCCUGGAAUUGUCAAGCUUAUCCAGCUGAUAUUUGCUAGGGUAACCAGCUUUAGUUUCUGCAUUAUAUCUCAAAAUUCUUCAACUUGUCUUUUUUUUGAAAGUGCAGGGAAAAGCAGAUAUUAUUUCAGCCAUCUGAUCAUCUGUGUGCAGUAACAGGUGGGAGAUGUGGAGGACUGCUUUACCUCAUGUGCCAAAAGAUGAGGGGGGAAAAAAAUCCUGAUCGCUCUGGAAGUUUUAAAUUAAAGGACCAUUAAACUGCAGGAAUGGUAACAUAUCAAUAUUAGCUGAUUUUAAAUCAUCUAUCUUUAGAAACUUCAAUGUACCGUGAUACCAGUGACCAGCCCACAUAAACGUAUACAUUUCUUGUUUCUAUGCACAUUGAUGCUCUGUAAGGAGGAUCAUAGCAACAAUAACCCCCAGAAACCAGCACCAGGGAUGGAAAAAGCAUGUUUUCUCUUACUGCAAGCAUGUUUUUUUUGUUGUUUUUUUUAUCAGACUUGAUUCGUUCAUUUGUAUCCGGCCUUCUUGAAAAUAUUUAAAAGCUGAUGGGAUAUGCUAAUGAAAUCUGUGCGUUGGUGUUUGCCAGCCAUGAGAACAGCUUUGUUUUAACUAUUUUUGUUCAGACUUUUUGCAAAAUAACAAUGCAAUUUCCUUUCACACUACAUUUCUUUAUUUACAAUGAUUAAAAUGUUUAUUUUUGUCUUCAACAGCAAAGUUCAGUUUUCUAUUUCCCUCACACUCUUGAAGUCUGUCAAAUAGUUCAUCUGACAAUUUUUAGUUAUAGAAACUAUUUGAAAUACAUGCAGGUCAUAUCUGUCCCAGCAAACUUUGCACUGUAAUCCUGUGCUAUUACUGUUUGAUUUUUCUACUGAAUGUUUAAAAAAAAUGUGUAAAACUUUUAGAAGUGUAACCUACUGAAGACAAUAAUAUAAAAUUACAAGGCUCAAGUGUUAUUUUGCAUCACGUCUUUAAAAAAAUAAACUUGUGUUGUCUUAAUGUUGAA